GUCUUUCCCACCCGUUUUCCCUCAACCAGUCACCACCUCACUCCACGUCUCCUCGGCCUCUCCCGCGCUGCUCACUGCCCACCGACACUCCCCCUCCGCCGCCAUGGACCGCGGCCCUUCCGUCUCCGACGACGAGGACGACCUCGAGACCCUCGUACCGCAGAACCAUGCCAAGCCCCCGUCCCCCUCCGCCCGUUCCCGCUCGCCGCCCUCCUCCUUCAGCGUCGCCGCGCUCCACCCGGCGCUCCCCUCCUCCGCCGCCUCCCUCGGGCGCAUCCUCUGGUCCCGCCGCUACCUCGUGCUCUUUGUCUCCCUCCCGCUCCUCUUCCUCAUCCUCUUCGUCUCCUUCGGGGGCGCGUCCUCCAUCCGCCUGCCGGCCUCCAUCCGCCUCCCCUCCGCCGCACCCGCCGCCGACCCCGCGGCCUCCCGCAUGCGCGAGGCCGAGCUGCACGCGCUCUACCUCCUCCGCUCCCAGCGCUCCGGCCUCCUCAGCCUCUUCAACCGCACCGCCGCCCCGACCAACGGCUCCGCCUCCGCCCCCAUCUCGCUCUCCGAUCUCCAGUCCGCGCUCGAGAGCCAGAUCAAGAUCAACCGCGAGAUCCAAGCGGCGCUCCUCUCCUCGCACCGCUCCGGGACCGGCAAUGCAACCGAGGAUGGCCUGGAUCUCGAUCUCCCUUUCUCCGGGUGCAGGAAGAGGGAAUUGCCGGCCAACCGGCGGACUAUUGAGUGGAACCCCAAGAAAGACCGGUUCCUCUUGGCAAUCUGCAUCUCCGGGCAAAUGUCCAACCACUUGAUUUGCUUGGAGAAGCACAUGUUCAUGGCAGCGCUUCUUGGCCGUACUCUGGUGGUGCCCAGCCAGAAGGUGGACUACCAGUACGAUCGGGUGCUUGAUAUCAACCACAUUAAUGAUUGCAUUGGGAGGAAAGUUGUGAUCACCUAUGAGGAGUUUGUGGAGAAGAGGAAGAAAGUGGUCAUUGAUCAGUUCAUAUGCUACGCAGCCUCGCCUCCAUGUUUCCUUGAUGAGGACCAUAUUAAGAAGCUGAAAGGACUAGGGAUUUCCCUGGGCAAGAUUGAGGCAGCUUGGCCAGAGGAUGCGAAGCUGAAGGAGCCGAAGAAGAGAUUUGUUGGGGAUAUUACACCAAAGUUUUCGACAGAGGCUGAGGUCCUUGCCAUUGGCGACAUGUUCUAUGCCGAUAUGGAGGAUGAGUGGCUGAAUCAACCUGGUGGUCCAUUGGCUCACAAGUGCAAGACUUUGAUUCAACCAAGUAGGCUCAUAAUGCUCACUGCUCAACGCUUCGUCCAGACUUUCUUGGGAGGAAACUAUAUUGCUUUGCAUUUUCGACGGCAUGGAUUCCUUAAAUUCUGUAAUGUGAAGAAAGAGAGCUGCUUCUUCCCCAUCCCUCAGGCGGCAGAAUGCAUUCUGCGAAUCGUUGAGAAGGCUAAUGCACCUGUGAUAUAUUUAUCUACCGAUGCUGCUGAGAGUGAAACAAAUCUUCUGCAGUCCUUGGUUGUAUUCAACGACAGACAAGUCCCUCUUGUGAAGAGGCCAGAGCACGACAGCUCUGAGAAAUGGGAUGCCUUGCUACACAGAAACCACAUUGGCGGAGAUGUUCAGGUUGACGCGAUGCUUGACAAGACGAUCUGUGCACUAUCAAACGUAUUCAUAGGAUCAUCAGGGUCCACCUUCACGGAGGACAUCUUCCGGCUGCGGAGGGGCUGGGGAUCAGCGUCGCACUGUGACGAGUACCUCUGCCAGGGUGAGCUGCCUAACUACAUAGCAGAGGUAGACUGAGAAGGCAACUUCCCAGGAGGAUCGAUAGCUGCAAUUUUCCCCCGUCGUGUCCAUAUGUUCUGUAAAGAAUUGGCGGUGUGUACAUCUAGUGUGAUUUGUGGUAGAGUGGUCUCGGGUCGUCCAUUGAUUUGAUCGGUGUUAAUUCUUACACAGGUAGGUAAUACAAAGAGCUUUGAGAAUUUUUCUUUACUGUUGUUUCUUGUUUGUGCAGUAUUUAACCUUUAGAUGACGCUGGUGCAGCGUUCUGGUUCAGUACUAAUUCUUGAUUUUUUUCAUUGUUUUACUGUCAUUGAUGUACUGGAACUUGCAUAGUGUCAUGCUGAUUCAUGUCCAAAUCAUGAGAUUGUUA